UUACAUGUGUAUAUAUGUUAUAAGGCUUUAGUGCGCGUGACGUUGAUGUUUGUGUUGCAUGGUAAUUGAAUAGUGUGUCGGUAGGAUGUGACCUUGACGAAAAGCGCAUUUUAUUUUUUUUAAAUGGUUAUACCGAUGGAAUAAGAACCGAAAUCGGCCAGUAAUGCCAUCAGAUAUAACUGCAAAAUGUAUAAUGUUCAAGCAAAGAUAAGACCGACACAUAUUGUCCUUGUGUUUGUGUUGGUGACCUUGGCUGAGGUCCACAGCGCCAGGCAAAGCCCUUCAGGAGAAACCUCCCAUGGCGCCGUCGGAGCACACGAGAGGAUUACGGCGGCGCCCUUCGCAGCGGAGUCCACGGCGGCGAGCAGCGGCGUCCCCCUCCAGUCUGGCCUCAGCGGCGGAGGAAGCGGCGGGGAGACGUCGACCACACAGGCUCCGGCCAACAGCGACACGAGGGGCGGCGGCGGCGAAAGGCUGAGAGACGGAGGCGGCUUCGCAGGGGCGCUGAGGCGCCUAGGGGGCGUCCUCCCCAUGAUGGCCUCCCGCAUCGCUUCCAGGAUGGGCGGCAGGCGACGCAGGGCGGCCGAGGAGGAGCUCUCCCGGGGCGCCGCAGCCGUCCCAGCCGCGGAGGCCGGCCGGAAUGAACUCGAACCUGCUUCGCCGUCUCUCUCUGCGCACGACCUCGACACCCUCAGAGACAUGAGCCUCUUCUACUCCAGCCUCAGCGAAACCAACGGCACGGACAUCGAGAAACCUUCGUCCGAAGAGGUCCUUAUUCACCGCAAAUACCUCCUGGGCCUCCUGAAGCAGCUCAGAAGCCAGAACCGGGAGGCCCUUCCGUCCCAAAACGCCGGGCUGUCUCCAAGCACAGCCGGCGAAAAUAGCACCUUCGUUCCUGCAAGAAGCGAACAAGAGGAGGCCGCAGCCACUCCCGCCGAAGGCUCCGAGACACGACCGCACAGCAUCCACGGAGGCGUCGACAGAAUUGGACAAGUUGCUGAUGACGUCGCCGACAUCCAGAAUCUGGAUCCGAGCGCGGCCGCACUCCUCCUGCACCAGUUCCAGACGCAGGGCGCCUUGAACCUCCUUCCGCCUGGCCUCCUCGGACAAGCCCCGCCCACCACGCCCGCGCCCACGCAGUUCGACCUCCUCUUCGGGCAGCAGCAGCUAGAGCGGCGGGAGGGCACGGCCGAGGGGCACUUGGUAGGCAAUGUUGCAGUGCAACCGUUCGGGCCUCCUCGCGGCGAGGCCAAGCACCUGGCCUCAGGCGCCGAGGGCUCCAGCCUCCACCACCUCACCCCCGCGUCCGCCAUGUCCUCGGGCGCCCAGCCCUCCAGGCCGACGACUCAGCUCCCGCCGCCGCCCCCUGCCUCCGCUUCUCAAGACGGCCUCCCGGAGAUUCUUCCCGUCCCUCAGUAUAUCAACAGGAACCCUUCCUCACAGACUGAGCCUCUUCCUCACCCUAGUCUGGCUGUCAAUGCUUUCGGACACCCCUUCUUCGACACCUCACAGCUGCCUUUGGGUACGGACUCGGAUCUCACUGCCAAUGGCGGGCAGGAGGCCCUUCUGUUUCCCUCUUCCGAACUCAUCCCGAUGUCGCCUUCAGAGAUCAUCCACGAGAGAGUGUCCCAUCCCGAUCCCGAGGGAUUUGCGAAACCUGAAUUUUACCCCAAUUACGAAACUCUGGCUGAGGCUCUGCAACUGCUCCAGCAGCUGAAUGCUUUGCAAGCCUCGCCAACUUUAAACAGAGUAGACCUGAGGGCUAGUACUUACCUUGAACAAGACCCUUCUAUCUUACCUUCACCAGGAAGUAGCAACCUGGACUACCUCUACGACCAAGACUACCUUCAGUACGCAGCCCUUUCCAACCCAGUCCCCAACACACGGCUGACCACGGAGGUCAACGACGCCUUCUCCACUCUGGCCCAGAACCUCGCCGACGCCAUCAGCACCUUCCUGACCGACAUCGGGGACGCCAUCGCCGCGCAGCCGGCACUGCUGCUCCUCGGCCUCAUCCCCUUCGCCCUCCUCGUCUUCAGCCUCUACCACUUCUACGGGGAUAAAAGGAUGGGCUACGGCUCGGGGGGAGGGGGCUACAGCUCGGGGGGAGGGGGCUACAGCUCGGGAGGCCAUGGCAGAGCAUUAUCUUCCAUUCAGCUGUCUGUCGAAGCUCUGGAAACCUUGACGUGGAUGAUCUUACUACAGAUUGAAGACUUUGAGAAAAGAAACCAGUUUUCGGCAGCUGGAUGA